AAGAAAUGGAUUUUGAUUUUUCUCGCAUUACACACACACACACACGGUAGUACUAAAGCAAGCUAUACCAUCAUAAUCAUGGAACUACAAUCAUUUUAUUUUAACUUACUUUUGGUUAAGAUUAAUCAAUUCAUCCCAUUUCUCAUCACACGGAAAUUCUGCAUUCCCACAACACCAAUAUCACUCACUAGACGACUCUACCACCGCCAUUAUAACCAACCAAAUUAAUUACACCAGCAGCUUCUUUUUUAGCAGAUCUCUCUUCUAUUCUAUCCCAACCAGAGUAUAUAGAUAAGCCUAAAUUUGCAAGGUCUUCUUCGUCGACCUUAAUUUCAUCAUCAUCAUCAUCAUCAUCAUCCAUUUGAAUACAUAUCCUGGCUAGUACCCCAUAAUCAUAAAUCCAUGCAGUAGAUCGAUCGAUCUGCUGGGAUUUAAUUGUGAGGAUAAUUGAAGAUGAACAAUAUGGGGAUGAAUCAUCUUCAGGAAGGAGGGGUGGUGGUGAGAGGACGUGUCGAAAUCGACAUGCGGCAACCUUUUCGUUCCGUCAAGGAAGCAGUGUCUCUCUUCGGAGAAAAAGUUCUUGCCGGUGAAGUUUACGCCAAUAAACUCAAAGAGAUGCAGACAAACAAGGGCAACAUCACCGGUGAAGAGAAGAACUCCCGACCGAAAAUAGAAACGGUCGUGUCGGCAGAACCCGCCGAGCCUGAAGAGACAAAGAAACAAAGCCUGGAAAAAUCAAAGGAAGAAGAAAAUCAACUCAUGGCUUACUAUCUUUGCUCACUUAGAAAAGAGCUUGAAGAAACGAAGAAAGAACUACAACAACUCAAGAGCUCCAAGGAAUUAAUAUCCGAUAAUCAUCAUCUUUAUCAUCAUCUCAAGAUUCCUAACCCACCCGAUCCGGUUAAUGAGAUUUGCACCGAGAUUGAAGAGCUCAAAUUCAUUGAAAAUUCAACCACAAAAAAGGAUAUUCAUGAAGCAAAAACACAACCUCAUCAUCAGGUUCAUCAUCAAUUUGAGCUGGAGAAGAAAAGGUCAGUCAAGUUCGCUAGUCCACCUUUACUCACUCGAGUCAUAAUAAGCAAAGAUGAUCAGGAAAUGCAGUCAAGCCCUUCGGUCAAUGCGACGGAGAAGAAGCCUAAGAGAAAGCCACUGAUUCCUGUGUUGGGAUUCUUGUUUUCAAGAAAGAAGGGACACCAAAAAAAUGGCGCUGAAUCGCUGCGGGCCUAAUCUUUUACUACUUCAUUAGGCUCAAAUUGUUGCUUUUGAGUUACAUGAAAAAAAAAAAAAAGAGAGAGAGAGAGAGCCGUCGAGAUUGUAAGUAGCUUCAAAUCUUACCCGUUUGCGAGAUGAAUAAUUUGUCAUGUACGUUGUUUUUCUCAUCAAUCAACGUCUACAAUAGGUAAAUUUGUUGUAGUCAACGUUUAUAUAUAUAUAUAUAUAUAUCCUCAACUUUUCAGCUGUUUUAAUUUCUAUUGGAGCAG